AUUUCAUAUUAUCGCAUUGGUAUCCAUUCAUCCUUUUUGUUUGUUCUUCGUUCCUCUCUCUCUCUCUCUCUCUCACUCUCUCUCGUCUCUCUGCCUCUCGUUCAGCGCAAGAAGCCAAGAACAAACCAAAAACACCAAAAAAUUAAAACAAAAAAACUGUUAAAAAAUCUGAUUACCGCCAUUUUAAGACCCCAUAAUAUUUAUCUCCUUCUUCCUCCACCGACCUUCUUCUCUCCCACCAUACCUCUCUCUCUCUCGAUCGAAACCUCAACCUCGCUUUCUGCCUUCCUUCUCCUUUGAAUCCGCAAGUUCUCGAUGCACUUCGUUAAAAACCAUCGGAUUUUUUAUGCCAUGUUGAUGUUCCUUUGAUUUGAGCAGAGUUGAACGGGGUUCAUGUAAAUCCCGUCGAUUCAAUUGGAUCCGCUGCAUGCGUAUUUGAUUGAAUUUGUGACUUGGGUGUUCAAAUCUCACGGUUUUGGUCCAACUUCCUGGUGGAUUUUCACUGCGGAAUGCCGCUCUUACCGAAAAUUGAUUCGAUUCAAAUUCGUGAGGUGUGGAACGACAAUCUUGAGGAGGAAUUUGCGUUGAUACGCAAAAUUGUCGAUGACUACCCGUAUGUUGCCAUGGACACUGAGUUUCCGGGCAUUGUUAUUCGUCCGGUGGGCAACUUCAAGAACAGCUACGACUACCAUUACCAAACCUUGAAGGACAAUGUGGACAUGCUCAAGUUGAUUCAACUCGGUCUCACGUUUUCCGAUGAGCAAGGGAACUUGCCCUCUUGUGGAACUGAUAAACAAUGCAUUUGGCAGUUCAAUUUCCGCGAGUUCAAUCUCAACAAGGAUGUAUUCGCCAGUGAUUCUAUUGAGCUUCUGCACCAAAGCGGCAUCGAUUUUAAGAAAAACAAUGAAAAGGGAAUUAAUGCAAAGCGGUUUGGGGAGCUCCUAAUGUCGUCUGGGAUUGUGUUGAAUGAUAAUGUGAAUUGGGUCACUUUCCAUAGCGGCUAUGAUUUUGGAUACUUGCUAAAGCUUUUGACGUGCCAGAACUUGCCCCAAACUCAAGCAGGGUUCUUUAAUUUGAUCAAUAUGUACUUUCCGACAGUAUACGAUAUCAAGCAUCUGAUGAAGUUUUGCAAUAGCCUCCAUGGUGGAUUGAACAAGCUCGCGGAACUGUUGGAAGUGGAGAGAGUUGGUAUUUGUCACCAGGCAGGUUCGGAUAGUUUGCUCACGUCCUCUACAUUCAGAAAAUUGAAAGAGAAUUUCUUUAGUGGUUCUUUGGAGAAGUAUGCUGGUGUCUUGUAUGGUUUAGGUGUGGAGAAUGGACAGAAUACUUUCUGAAGAGAAAACAACAGGAAAAAGAAAACAAGACCCGAAAGCGGUUUCUUUCUUAACCUUAUCUGUGCCUGAUACUGCAUAUUCAUGUAUUAAUUUAUGAGUUUACAUAUUUUUAUUGAAA